AUGGCUUCCACAACAUCUAACCAUGUGAUAUUGUUCCCUUUCAUGACCCAGGGACAUCUCAACCCUUUCCUAGCCUUUGCACAUCUGCUCGAGCGACAUACUCAAUUCACCAUCACCAUCGUCAACACUCCUCUCAACGUCCAAAACCUUCGAAAUGCACUGCCUUCAGACACCACGAUCCGACUCAUGGAACUCCCAUUCGACAGCUCUGAACAUGGCUUACCACCUAACAGUGAGAACAACGAGACCUUGCCCGGCCAUCUUUAUUCUACAUUCUUCCAUGCCACACUUACACUAGAAGCUACCUUCGAACGCCAACUCAUCGACAUAUGCCGAAGAGAUGGGCACCCCCCUCUUUGCAUAAUCUCCGAUAUGUUCUUUGGAUGGACGGUUUCUAUUGCCAAGAGGCUUGGAAUACUCCAUGCUGUCUUUCUUACUGGUGGAGCUUACAGUAUGGCGGGUUAUUUAUCCCUUUGGCUGCAUCUACAACGUCAGAAAGAUUCAAACGAAUUUGGCCUAGUGGGCUACCCUGAAACAUUCCGUCUCCAUCAUUCCCAACUCGAUGGUUUAAUCCACUUAGCCCAUGCUGAUGAGCCUUACUUUCUCUCACUCAAACAACAGAUAUCACUUUCUUUAGGCUCCGAAAGUAUUUUAUGUAAUACAGUGGAAGAGAUGGAAACAACCGGAUUGGAACUUUUACCAAAGUUGUUCGGGUUACCCGUUUGGCCCGUCGGUCCUCUAGUCCCCUCUUUGAUCGAACCUUCCACUUCUAGGAAAUUCUCAAGGACAGGAAAGGAGCCCACAGUAUCUUCUGAUCAAUGCGUUGCGUGGCUGAAUCUACACCCUCCAUCUUCGGUUCUCUACAUAGAUUUUGGCUAUCAAAAUCACAUAUCGACUUUGCAGAUGAUGGAGCUCGCAAUGGGUUUGGAGUCAAGUGGCAAGGCAUUCAUCUGGGUCCUUAAUCCUCCGAUGGAGCAUGAAGAGAGUGUUGAACUUAGACCUGAGUGGCUGCCCAAGGGAUUUGAAGAUAGGAUGAAGGAAAGAAAACAAGGGCUAUUGAUCUAUAAAUGUGCUCCACAGUUGGAAAUUCUAUCCCAUAAAUCGACGGGUGCAUUUCUAAGCCAUUGUGUUUGGAACUUGGUCCUGGAGAGCUUGAGCCUGGUUGUACCCAUCAUCGGGUGGCCGUUGCAGAUAGAGCAGUUCUUUAAUUCGACAGUGUUGGUGGAGUUGGGUGUAUGCUUGGAAAUGGUGAUAGGGGUGGAGGAGAAUGCAGUGAGCCGAGAGGUGGAGAGGGUGGUUGGGCUAGUAAUGGGUGGGACAAAGAAAGGAGAGGAGAUGAAGAGGAAGGCAAUUGCCAUUUCAGAAAUGUUGAAGGCUGCUGUGAGAGAUGAUGGGGGUGAGAAGGGAUCUUCUGUUUCUGCUAUUGGUGCUUUUUUCAGGUGGAUCAAUCAAAGAAAGAUGCUGGAGUGA